AUGCUUACUUCUCCUGUUGAGAUUUUUUUAAAUUUUCUCUCUCUCUCUCUCUCUCUCUCUCUCUCUCUCUCUCUCUCUCACACACACACAUAUAUACAUAUAUAUUACUUCGCCUUGGGCACCUCUCAUUCACACUUAUGGCAGCACCAUAAUAACUGUCUUCUUUUGCGUCGUACACUAUUUUUACGCUCGCUGCAAUUUCUUUAUUUCACUUUUCCUGGAUUCUCUCUCUCUCUCUCUCUCUCUCUCUCUCUCUCUCUCUCUCUCUCUCUCCUUGACAAUAUUUUUUUUCUCUUCUCUCUCUCUCUCUGCUAUACAUAUAUAUAUAUAUAUAUAUAUAUAUAUAUAUAUCGCUUUCUCUCUCUCUCUCUUUAUCUCUCCUUCUCUCGCUUUCUAUCCUAUAUAUAUAUGUGUGUGUGUGUGUGUGUAUCGCUUUCUCUCUCUUUAUCUCUCUUUUUCUCCCUUUUUUUCUCUUUCUCCCUUUUUUCUCUUUCUGCCUUUCUUUCUCUCUAUCUUUCCUUCGCUUUUACUCUAUCUUUCUUUCACUCUAUCUCAACCUUUCUCUCGAUAUCACCCUUUUCCUCUUUCCCCUCAUUCUCUUUCCCUCUCUUUCCCCUCUCUCAUUCUAUCUAUCUAUCUAUCUAUCUAUCUAUCUAUCUAUCUAUCUAUCUAUCUAUCUAUCUAUCAUGA